GGACCGUCGUGUCUACGCGAGUGGCGGAGCUAAUGGACCAUUCGUCGUCGGUAAUCGCGCAGGUAACGAGGGAUGAGGAGGAAAACGCGACUUGUCGUGAGGAAGGUGCCAAUGCAGUAUGCACUCCAUUAAAGAAGCCUCGCAGCCGAGGUAUUUUCAGCAGUCUCUUCUGCUGUCUGUGUCACAAGGAAACUGAGCCACCUCCAGUAAAUAACAACGCCCCCUUAUUGAUCGAGGAAAAUGGGACCCUGUCAAAAGUUCCGGCAAAGCCACUGCUCCCACAGAUUAAGUCAAAGGAUGCAGGGAAGAUUUGCGUGGUGAUUGAUCUGGAUGAAACACUAGUGCAUAGUUCAUUCAAGCCAGUCAACAACGCAGAUUUUAUCAUUCCAGUGGAAAUUGAUGGAACAGUUCACCAGGUGUACGUGUUGAAGAGACCCCAUGUGGACGAGUUCCUGAAACGAAUGGGCGAGUUGUUCGAGUGUGUUUUGUUCACCGCGAGUUUAUCCAAGUAUGCAGAUCCUGUGUCGGACCUGCUGGACAAAUGGGGGGCCUUCCGAAGUCGUCUCUUCCGGGAGUCCUGUGUCUUCCAUAGAGGGAAUUAUGUCAAAGACCUGAGCCGGUUGGGCCGAGACCUCAACAAGGUCAUUAUCAUCGACAACUCCCCAGCUUCCUACAUCUUCCACCCGGACAAUGCAGUUCCUGUGGCCUCCUGGUUUGACGACAUGUCAGACACCGAGCUUCUUGAUCUUAUCCCCUUCUUUGAAAGACUAAGCAAAGUGGAUGACAUCUAUGAUAUUCUCAAGCAGCAGAGGACUGCAAGCUAACAGAGAGAGGACAACUAAAAGGAAACAAUCACCAGCGACUGUCAUCAUGGGGCCACGGAGCCUGGUGGGCACAGGCUCCACGCUGCUUUCCUCUACGAGGACCACACUGCAAAAAACAUCAGUCUCGCCCAGUCGUUUGAACCCGAUAUCCAGUCUUGAAACCAUUUCUCUUAAAGCAAGUGAAAAAAGUCUCAGUGAGGGUGCAUUGUUUUAUUGUUUUUUUCUGAGAAAACUAGUAUGAUGUGCCUUUAUUAAGAUAAUGCCACUAGUAUGAUGUGCCUUUAUGAAGAUACUGCCACAUGAUUUAAGACAACGACAAGUAUCUCGCCCCACUGGCAAUUUUUCCCCCCUGGUUUUUUAGGAAAUAGGGUUUUAGGACUGAAUACAAGAUUAAAUGACUUGCUGAAUUAGACAUCUUUGCUAGCGCAGCUAGUGUGCAAGUGUUGGUAUCUUGCGGUUAAGGACUUUUAAAGAUGGUGGCGACACAAUCCAGGAGAAAUGAGCCACAUGAAUCAUUUUUCCCAACAGUACUAUGUAGCGUCAUGGACUAGCAUUGGAACAAGUCCCUAAGUAGAGUGUGUCAAAUAAUUAAAUACUAUUUUUUUUGGAAGAUUACGCCUUGAGGUGGAAUGAACCCUGCUAGUAAUUAUGUUUUGUCUAAAACACCCAAGUAUUCGUCCAUGUACUAAAUGACAAUCAUCUGAUCAGAGGUAGUUGGAUUAGCAUUACAGAGCAUGUUUUUGGUUUUUGUUAAACCGUCUCAGUAAGACAUUUCACUACAAUAGGCACAUUCUGAUGUGCCUCAAACACUAUAUGCAUUUAGUGUAUAUCAGCAAUCAGUGGCCUGAACAUGCUGCAAAAACUAAGGUAAAAUCAAACUGAAAUAAAAUGAGCAGUUUAGUGUUUGAAAUAAAUGGAAAAGGUAAACUACAGUAAUUCGUCAUAGUUGAUGUCCUUAUUAACUCCAUUAAAGAUGAUUGAUAGUGUUUUCCAUAAUUACCCAGUCCUCUAACAGUACUGUAAUUAUUAAACAACUUAUGUAUUAAGACUAUUUAAGCUAUUGUUGUGCUAAAUUUGAAGUAUUACGAUCUUGACAUUUACCCAGUUAUUACUUACCAAAACAACACGUUUUGGAGGAGCAAUACAUGAGACAUGAUAAGAAAGCCUGGAGCUGAACUUCCGGCUUUCGGCAGACUGCAACUUGGAUGCUUUUCAGCUCAUUUCUGAUGAGAAGAUUUACCAAGUGCCAUUAUGGAAAAUGGUGAGAUUAUUUUUGUACAUAUAUCAGGAAUUUAGACAAUGGUUUUUGAUUUGUUUUUAAUAAUGCAAUUUUACCUUUGUCUAAAAGGUGUAAUGUUUUAGUUUAACUGAUGUUGGCAAAGUACGAACACAGGCUGUCCAUUAAUCAUGCAAAUAAUAAUGCAUGGGGGGGGUUGUUAGUGAAUUGUAACCUGGAAAUAUUUUGUUUUACAUAAAUUAUGUGUGGCAUAUGGUUUCAAACCACGUUUAGUUGCCUCCUGACAUUGAACUUGAGCUAUCAAGCGUACCAGUCACUACAUCUGUGCAAUCAGUUUGAUGGAGCUUUGUCUCACAAAUGUCCUGUAGCCCUGAUCACUCUUGUCCCAGGCCCAUUGUGUGAGGGUGGACGUCUGUAUGUGUCUUUUGCGCGUGGGAAUUUCAGUGUGACUGUGUCAAGUGUGAGCAUUUCAAUUGGUAUGACAUUUAAAAAAAAAAAAAAAUCACUGACAGUACAUGAAAGAAAAUAUAACCUUUUUAAAAUAACGAUUUAACUUUUUUUUACUGUAUGCAACAAGAGUAUAGAUGUUGACAUUCAAGUAAGGAACCUGGCUUAAAGAAGUGUUUUGAGUUUUUAAAUUGCUGCUGAGAAAUGUUAAGAUUGGAGAAAAAAGGCAACUAGAAACGUAUUUGUACCUUCCAUCAAUAAAGCAUGUUUUAUUGAAAGAA